CCUCGUGGAUUAUCAUAAUCCAGCCCCAGUGCCGUCAGAGUGGCCUGAGUGCGUCGUCCCGCCAAGGUCCCGUAUAGUGUUGCGUUAGUGGUUUGGGCCAGUGGUUUCCUAGCUGUUUUGGACUACUGACGGAAGACAAAGAUGGAGCCCCACGGACAUUGUAUUCUGGUGGCCCUUCUGCUAGCUAGUAACGUUCUACUAAGCGUACGCUCUCAGGAGGAAGUGGAGGUCACUGAGAAAUGGACUGAACAGGCCUGCAGGUGUAACUGCGAUGGGCCAGAGUCCCCCACUCAGUUCCCCUCCCUCUCCAGACGUGUCAUGGAGUGCAUGCCAGAAUGUCCGUACCACAAGCCUCUGGGUUUUGAGGCCGGAUCAGUGAGCCCUGAGCAGCUCAGUUGCUCCAAUGAGGACCAGUACACGGGCUGGUUCUCCUCCUGGCUCCCCAGUAAGGCCAGACUCAACAGCCAAGGCUUUGGGUGUGCGUGGCUUUCUAAGUUCCAGGAUAACAGCCAGUGGCUACAGAUUGACCUAAAAGAAGUGAUGGUGGUGUCUGGGAUUCUAACCCAGGGCCGCUGCGAUGCUGAUGAGUGGAUCACCAAGUACAGCGUCCAGUACCGCGCUGACAACAACCUCAACUGGAUCUACUACAAGGACCAGACAGGCAACAACCGGGUGUUCUACGGCAACUCGGACCGCUCCUCCUCAGUGCAGAACCUCCUGCGUCCUCCCAUCGUGGCUCGCUACGUCCGUAUACUCCCUCUGGGCUGGCACACUCGCAUCGCCAUCCGCAUGGAGCUGCUUCUCUGCAUGAGCAAAUGCGCCUGAUCUGCACCUGAGCUCAGCUCAUGUAAACCCGACCCCAUCCUCCUGACGACCAGGGGUCCCGAUCUCUCCUCUAACCCUACACCUAGACAGGCCAAGGUGGAAUCCACAGCUCUGGAAACGUUGUCCCCCUUUCCACAGCUCAGACAUUACUGUGGUAAUUAUGGACCCCUUUAUUCCCCACCGCCCCCCAAAAAGGGCUCAGUGAUAGGCCUACCUGGUCCCAUGUGAUUGGUUGUAUAUGUGACCGUCCAACCGUUUUCAGUACGGGCGCUAAGUGUUAAGAUUAAUGUGUACUUUUUAAAUCAUUAGGCCUACUCUGACAGAAAGGGGCUGAAUGCACGUGAAGCCCAGUGAAGAUGGUAGUUGGGAACGUCAGAGGAAGAGGAGGCUUAACGUCAUGUGGUGAAUUUAAUUGUGUGUACUGUACUGUGUGUAGAGUCUGAUGUGGUUUGUGACAGAGAUGUCUAGUCGGGGCAAGAAACAAGCUAUGAAAUGCCAGAGGAAAUCUGCAUCUCUGACGUGCAUGAGAAUAUGGAUUAAAAGGUUUGGGGACUCCUGAUGUGGAGUGCAGUGGGGGAUUUUUUUGUAAUAUUGUCUAGAAAAGCCUGUUUUAUUGUAUUCUUUUAAAGUACCAUGGAAACCAGUUCCUGAAAUAAAUACAUUCUCUUGUA